GACCAUCGACACUGUGGUCUGCCCGACAGGCUUCUCAUUCCCAAGGGUAACGAGCACGGUUUGGACUUCGAAUUGUGGGUGGCGGUCACAGACCACGACCGUGAUGCAGUGGAAGGUGUGGACAUCCGCGACGACGACCACGGCGGAUCCAUGAGCUACUGCGGGAUCCUCGGCCAGAAGUACCCGGACGCCAGGCCCAUGGGCUUCCCCUUCGACCGGAAGAUCGUGUGCGAGGACACCUUCCUCAGCUUCUCCAACAUUCACAGGGUCGACGUCAAGAUCCAUCACCUUGAUAAGCACGACCAUGAUGACCACGACCAUGGGGACCAUGACCAUGACCACGGUCACUAAUAGGCCUAAGUAGCACCCUUGUUCUUUCCCUUUCUUAUCACGCAUGCAUGUAUGAUCCAUGGAAUAAAGAGUGACUGAAACCAAGAAAAAUGAA